AUUUUUUAUAAUGGUAGUGACUUUCUGAUUUAUUUGUGGACAAGAAUUGGUUUAUUACCAGUUUUUAGCUCACUAUAUGGUCAAAUGCUUGGAUGAGCUUUUUCUGGUCAAAGGAUGUCCAAUUUAUUAGAACUGUUUGGUAAUAUGAUUAUAAGACAUACAGUUCACAUUUUCAACUUCUGCAUAUUAUUCAAGAGUCAUGAAGCAUAUAUGUCUUCUUUUCAACCAGAUUUAUCAAAUUAUCAUUGAUUGGAGAAUUAUCAGAUGUAUGAUAUAUAUUCAAUUAUUGCAAUAUUUUAUAAUAAAGAAUAGGUUGGUAAUAAAAAUCUUUAUCAGAUUCAAUCAGCUAUACUCCGGGAUAUUGUCACCCCUAGGGUCCGUUGUCUAAAACAUCACCAUUUGUAAACAGUGAAAUGAAAGGAUCGAAAUUAAUUUGUAAACAACAAUGCUAUAAAUCAGAUUUUAAAUUGUGAAACCAAUUUCGAUUUUAAAUUAAAGACUGGGUAAUACAAAAAGCGGUCCAGGCUUCAGGGUCAUCAAGCUGAGACGAAUUCACUUUUCAUUUAGGUUUCACUGAUUUGAUGUAUGACAACGAGAGAAAAUUAAACACAGGCUCAAGCACAUGUCUCAAUUUCAUGUCCAUGGAGCCUGCUGCUAAUCAUAAUACCAAAUAUUAAAAGAUAUAUCAUUUAAAAUUAAUAAUUUGCAAUUUAGAUUGAUCACUCCUGAUUUCAGAAUCGUGCUGGUUAUAUUUCAGUGGAUAGUACCACUGGUACUGGUGUACAAGAGGAAUGGAGGUGGACUGCUGCAAUACGCCAGUUUCGAGAUACAUCCGAGUUAUUUCCCUUUGGAGAACUCUCGUACAUAGUAAGGUAAUGGACUCUGAAUUUAGUCCACUGGUCUGUAAACAGUUGGCAUACACCAAUGCAGCAUGACCUUGAGUUGACCUGGUGAUGACCUCAGCUUGACCUUAGGAUACUCAUUUCCGUAGCAGAUUGAUCCCCAAGUCUGGAAAAAACUGCAUGUCCUCUGGUCAGCGGAGAUAUUGAUCUCAGGACUGGUAGUGUCUUGCCUUCAGAUAGCCACACAGCCACUCGAAAUGUUCAAACAUGUGGACAAUGACAGAUAAAAUAGAUUUCUUAUGACAUCGUUGGGGAAGGAUAAAAGUGAAAGGCAUUUGACCUUGACCCACUCUUUCUUGUGUCAAGGAUAAAAUGAAGCGGAGAUCCCUAUGUCUGCAAUCGUGGCGUACCAACAUCCUGUUCACCCCUAUAACAUGCAUGGGCAGUAUCCUGAUCUAUUUAUAGAUCCGGCCCGAUACUCGCCCAUCAUGGGGAAGAUACUCCAUGACGAUCCUCAUCCGGACACUCAAACCUCCCUAGAGAACAUGGUCCUCAGCCCCUCCGGACCAUAUAUCCCUGGGGAGGGGGACUAUCAGUAUGGACACUCGGACCGCAUGGUCAGCAGUACCAUCAACGACAAAAAGAAGAAGGGGGUCGGAGUUCCCGGGAAGAGCAUCGAGGAGGAAUUGUGUCGAAUUUGUGGAGACCGGGCCUCAGGCUAUCAUUAUAAUGCACUCAGUUGUGAGGGGUGUAAAGGUUUCUUCCGUCGCAGUAUUACUCGAGGUGCUACAUACAACUGUAAAUAUGGUGGAAACUGUGAAAUGGACAUGUGGAUGCGACGGAAAUGUCAGUCGUGUCGCCUUAAACGAUGUCGAGAAGUUGGAAUGAAGGAGGAGUGUCUGCUGUCUGAGGAACAGUGUAAAGCGAGGGACGCACGACGGAAAGCUAAACAACGAUAUUCUCAGAGUGUUCAGGAGUGCAGCUCAGAAAAAAAGCCGGCCUUAAACUCAGAGUGUAAUUCCAACUCGGGGGAGGGGAUUGAGAGCAAGGCUCAGUCUCCGCCUGAGGUCAAGUUCUCUUCCACUCUAUCUCCUUAUGCCAUUAUAGACUCGAGACCCAUCCACUCGGUGUCAGAGGACACACGGAAACUGGUGGAGAAACUGGUGAAACUGCAGGAUAAAUUUGAGUUUCCUGAGGAGUCUCAAGUGGAUGAGGCUAUAGAUAUAGACCUUAGCCGUGAGGAGUCGGGAGAGCAUGUUCUGAUGAGCCUCUCGAAAAUGACGGUCCUGAUCACUCACCUCAUAGUGGAGUUUGCCAAGAGCUUGCCAGGCUUCUCCAAACUCAACAAAGAGGACCAAAUCGUUUUGCUCAAGGCAGCCUCCAGUGAAGUGAUGGCGUUGAGAGCCAGUCGAAUGUAUGACCCUGCCUCUAGAUCUAUUGUUCUGGCCAAUGGCAUUCCACUGACCAUUGCCAAUAUGGAAGCUACUGGUCAGCCAAAAGAAUACACAGAGCUUGUCUUCAAACUGUGUCAUGACAUGGCAGAACUCAGCUCCGAUAAUGCAGAGUAUGCCCUUUUCAUGGCCAUCAGUAUAUUCUCAGCUGACCGGGCUGGAUUAACGAAUCGUGACCUGGUGGAACAGAUCCAAAAGGUUUAUGUGGAUGCUCUGGACGAAUAUGAAAACAAAAAACGGGUCAAAGGAGGGUGUGCUCUCGCCAAAUACCUGUUACGCCUCAUUGACCUUCGGAACAUCAGUUCCGAGCACUCGAAAAUGCUGAACAUCCUGCCAAUCGACGAGUCAGCCAUGCCUUCUGUUGUCAAGGACAUAUACAUGCAGUCUGAUAAAUGAUGGCAGAAAUAUGUAAAUUACGAGGUCAGGAGGUCAUAAAAAGGAAUCGUGGGAAGGCGACGGGGUGCAAUUUGGGGGUGGGGGGGAUGGAACACUUGACAUGAAAUGACAUGAUGAAAAACAAAUUUGGUGCAGGACCUGUGUAAAGAAUUUAUUAUAAAUGAAUUCUUGGGAUGCUGAUGAAUUUGGAGAAGAUGUGUAUCAUAUAUAUUACUGUGUGUGAGGUUUUUUUUUUUUAUGGUAUUGAACAUCUAAUGUUGAAUAAUGUUAUUAUAUAUCAUGUGUAUGUUUAUAUGAGAGGGGAAUAUGAGAGUAUGAUAUCUGUACUAAAGACAAAGUUUUUCCUCUCUGUAAAAAAAGCCCAUCUUAUUUGUGUAUUGUUGAAAUGACUAUGGUAAUGGAUAGUUACCAUGGUGACAACCAAUGGGAGUUAUCCAUGGACUCCCAUUGUUAACUUCUGCUCAAAAGCGUUGUGUUCUUGUAUCGAUGAACUCCUUAAGACUUGUAUACCCAUGUUUUAUUUCCUCAUUUGUAUUUGAAAUACAGAAGUAGAAAUGGAGUUUUUGCUGUACAGAGUUCUGUGUAGAGUAGAAAUGCAGCUUUGUUGUUAAGUAACGUCGGUCAGGGAUGUUUGUUUACUGCCGUUCGGCUAUGCUCAUGUGAUCGUUUCCUGUUCAUUUCGUGGUAUAUUGUAGAUGCUGGUAUUUAUAACUGUUAGAUUCACAUUCUGCUUGGGCUAAUUUAUUUAAAUGAAAGAUGUUCAAAACAUUUAAGAUUUAGUACAUUGCUUCUAAAUGACGUAUUAUGUAUAUAUAUAUAUAUGAACCUUCUUAAUGCAUCUGGGGUGUGUUUUCACACUUGACAGAAAAUUGCCUCUUGGGGAAGAAAAACCACUGUUUGAAAAUAAAGAAAGUAAGGCAAAGAAAUUUUUUUUAUAUAAUUUUAAGCAAAUUUUUUUGGGCAAAGAGGCCAUUUUCUGUCGAAUGCAGUAAGAGAGUCAUUUCUGCCAUAGGUAUGGAAUUAUUUCCUCAAAUGUUUAAUAUAUUAAUUCAGGGACUUUUUUAUCUGAGUAAAUUUUGAUAUGGGGCUAAUUAAAGAUUUGGUAAUUUUGCUGAACCUGCCACCUGGUGAGAACAUUUUUCUUAUCCCGUCUCCCAUAGUCCUGGGACAACUGAGAUGUUAUUUCUUAAAUACGUAUUGAUAUUAACUGACUGCUAGAUAAGGCUUUUUUAUAUUAUGUUGAGAGUUGCUGGUAUAUAGUACCAGCAGCUCUCAAAAUAAUUUAUGACAUUCAACUUUUUUAAAAAAGUUUUGGUUAAAAUAUUUUGAUAUUCCAUAUGCUGUAAGAUUAAUAGAUAAAUUGUCGGAAUGUUGUAAGAAACAGAAGUUCACUUUAUUUGACAUCAAUAUUUUCAUUUAUUUUGAUAUAUGAUUUGACAUCAAUAUUUUGAUUUAUUUGGUGCAGGACAUACAUUGUACGUCACUAAUUUAAGGAUUUUUAAACUUUCCAUUACAAACAUUUUUUGUAACAGUCACUCUGGAUUAAUGGUUGAAGUUAUGUGGUAGCCCUUGUGUUUUUACAGACACCUUUGUAUUGUUAUCAUAAUAGAUACUGCAUUGAUGUGAGUCCCCAUAAAAUGGAGUGAAAUUGUAUCAUUGGUGAAUUUUACCAACAAAAUGGCAUUUUUAACAGCUGCCACGCCCACAUUCAGCCAGGAUUCUAAUCCAAACUUGUUGUUUGUUGUCUAACUGUUAUUUUUUUGUCCAUUUGAUUUGGAAAUGGUCUAGCUCCACAAUUGUACUUAUCAAGUCUAACGUGAUUUGUGAUAGAUGACUCAUCAUUCAAUAGAAAUUACCAAGCAAGUGCUAGCUUAUGCUCCAGUUUUUCAUGAUGUGUAUUUUGCACUGUGAUACCUAUUUUUGCUUUAUUUACGAAAUUUUAAGAAUAUGUUUGUCUUUAAUCAGCAAUACGAACACAUGAACAAAAUCUCUUCUAUUCGGUUGAAUAAGAUACGGAAAUGAAAUGUGGAAGUUUUAAACGUUCAGAAGUCUUGGUAAGAACCAAGGCUGUCCGAGGUAUUGAAUAAAUUCAUUGUAGUGAAGCUUUUUAGAGAUAUAGUAAGUAUUUGGAUUUCUAUGAAUAUCGUGUGUAUAGGUUUCAGGGAGUGGAAAUUUUAGUUGAGUACUAUCAAUUAUCUUGUAUUUUUCACACACCCUAAAUUUGUUUACUCAGGAGGAACAACUUGCCAAAAGCCAACAUGACAGGAAUUCUGUUGUAUCAGUUUUACUCCAAUGAAAUUUUAUUGAAAGAUAUACUAUAUGAAUUACUAAAGGAAAUAUUUACAAAAAAUAUACAGUCUACAAACUGAUCAGGAGGUCAAAAGCUGUAUUUUAUAUAGGGUUACGAGUGUUAGCUAAGGCGAUUAAGUUAUUUUACAGCAGGUUUCAAAUACAUUCACACGUACACACAUUGUCAAUGUAGCAAAACGUGGGCAUUCAUUUCCCCGAAUAAAGGGGUAUGGUCUGUUCUUUUCGGAUACUUAUUUAAGAAUGGUUUCGGAAAUCAUCUGAUCUUCCAGAGUAAUGUCUGCAGAAUGGAAAUUCACGAUUGAAUUGCAUAAUUUUACUAAAACAAAAUUUUCAAAAAAGACAGACUAGAUAUACCAAAGUUUAUUACGUAUUUCAAAAUAUGUACAUUUCCAAUGUCUUACAUGUAGCCUUUGGUAUCUUUACAAAUUGUAAUGAUGGCCAUUUCCUCAUGAAUGCGCUACAACUGUAAACAAAGCGCGUAUGAAUUUUUAUAAUAGAGUACGUUUAUUUCAAACGGCAGGGAAUUCUUACAGAUGUAAACAUAUAAACUAAAUUUCUAACGUGCUGCAUGAAGUAUGCCGGCAUGAAGCAUUGUAUUUUUUAAAAAUAUGUUCUCUUAAUGCAUGUCCAUGACAUUAUUUAGAUGUUUGAAGAAGCCAGACUUUAAGAAAUUAGAAUGAUACAAUAAAGUUAUUGUUUCAGGAUUUCAAAAUAAAUAUACACAGAUUUUUUAAAUGGCCGUCUCCUCAGAGACUCUGAUAAAUUCAUAUGAAAUUGUUUUGAAACACCGAAAUCAUAAAAUAUAGAAUAUUACACUGCCCACCAUUGAAGUGGCAUUGCCUUAUAACACUCGAUGCACAAUGCAGGUACUCCAUGUAUAUAGUACCUUCUGGUGCAGCCCCUACUUUGUGAUUUAACUUAAGAAAUGUCAGGUUUUGUUCAUAUUAAACUCACUCUACCUCAUGUUAUAACGUAAGAUAAUAUGUAAUGAGCCAAUUUUAGUGUAUGAUACAGAGAUACAGUAGCUUAGUGGACUUUAUUUUUAGAUCAUUGUCCUUGAGAUAUUCUUCCUCAACAGAAUAAAUCUUGUAAAUAUAUU